AUGGCGACACCGGACUGUCGCCGAGCUGGAGCCGCUGAUGUUUGGUGGGCUUGUGAGGCCAACCGCGUGUUCACCUGGGGCCAGUUUCCAGACUGUGGAUACACUUGUGAUGUUCAUCUACAAACAACAGUCUUAGCCGAGCAUCUCAAGACACACCAUAAGAUCGAAGAUGGAGUACACCACUUUAAAAUCCCUAACUAUGUCGCACUAGUCGAUGGAAAAGUGGAGACAGUCGAAGGACCAUGGAUGCACAAUUGA